CCGCCCCAAUAAUUUGGAGGAAAAAAAUGAAUUAAAUGAGAAAUACAGAAUUGCAAAAUUUGUAACGGCAAUAUCUGUGGUCAAUGGAGCGGCGAGAAUAACGGCAAUCUGUGGUCAGCAUGGUCAAUGGAGCGACAAAGUGUGAAAGCUCUUGUCUACACGGACGCAAACUGGGAUAUCUACAAUCCAGUUUGAGAACGUUGCUAGCGCACGGAUUGGAUGAGGAAUCGGUAGAGAAGGUUAAAGAAAUGAUGUGUCGGUAUAAAAGUCAGAGCAAAGACUGGGAAGACAAGGAGACGUGGAGUGAUAAAAAAUAUACGAGAACUCUACUGGACAAAGGAAAUGGACAUUAUAAUCUGAUGAUACUGUGUUGGAAUACCGGCCAGGAAAGCCCUAUACAUAAUCAUCCUAACUCUCAUUGCUUCAUGAAGACUCUGAAGGGAGAAGUGUUCGAGGAGUUGUAUAAAAAUCCGGAUAUGACGUCAUGUGAAAGCUGUUGUGUAUGCAAAAUGGAGAAGAUAGAAGACAGGGUAUACAAACUUAAUGAUGUGGCUCAUAUCACUGACGCAGACGGACUUCACCGAGUUGGUAACAAAAGUCACGUGAACGGCGCUGUCACUUUACACCUUUAUUCCCCGCCCUUUUCCUCGUGCAGGAAAUAUGAUGACGCCACGGGAAAAUCUACAGAGGUUCCGAUGGGUUACGAUCAGGACUUCAGUGAACAAUGCUGUUCACGUUCCUGUUGUUCCAAGUAAACUGAUUCUGUAAUGUCUACGUGUAAUCAAGAGAUAUCUCUGUAUGAUUUUAAGUUAAAUUAUUAUUAUUAAUGUUGAUAAAAACAUAUCUCUAUUGUGAUACUUUAAAUAUAAACUGUCUUUAUUCUUGUUUAAAUGCGUUUGAACAAUUUAUGACAUACUGUAUAUUUUUACUGCAUUUUUAAAUACAAAUUUUUCUUAUUCUGCUAGUUCUGAUCUUCCUUGAUGUGAAAACCGAAUCUCAGAAUUUUUUUUUUCUUUUUAUCCUAUUGUUUAUUCAUUUCAAAAUGUGUGUGUUUUUUUAAUAUCGCAAGUAACAAUAAAAAAAGAAUUGUUCUAUGUAUUUUUGUUUUUUAUACGAAUUCUUAAAAGCAAUAAAUAAUAAUUUCCGAGCAGAGAUGUGUUUAAAAUAAUUGUAUCGGAUGGUGUUAAUGGGAAUUAUUUAUGAUUUCCAUAUGCAUCCACUGACUGUUUUCACCUUGGUUUUGUUAUGCAACUGGCUACUUUGUAUUUUAUGGUUUAUGUUAAUAAAAUGAAAAUUGUUAAUUCA